AUGCUAUCGAGCUCACACAUACAAACUAUCAUAACUUGUGUCAAUGAGACAUUAAAUACAUUAAACGAACGACACAUAUCGAAACCAGGCACUUUAUUAAACAAUACAAUAUUAAAUUGUAAUGUGAACACAUUUCCAUUGAAUCAAGGCGAGAGUGAAUUACUACAAGCAUUGACAGAGAAAAUUGAAGAUAUUGUGAAUGGUAUUUUACCAACUAUCAAUGAUGAAUCUAAAAAAUAUUUAUUUGACAUGUUACAUGAAUAUCAUUAUGAUCGGAUUAAGAAUAUAUUUAAAGAGUCAUUAACAAUGAGUAAUUUGCUUGCUCUUUUAAAUGAUCUCGAAUCUACUGGAGCAUCAUUAGAAGCUUUCCAAGCUGCUUGGGACGGAAAAAGAGAUCCUAUUGAAAAAUUCAUUAACGAAUACCCUCAACAUAAAGAUAAAUCUGGAAUAAAAGGAACAACUCUUUUAUAUUCGGUAGCGAGAAGAAAACAUUUAGAACUUGUUAAAUAUCUUGUCGAAAAAGCAAAAUGUUCUAUUGCUGCUCAAAACGAGCAACAUAUUGAAAUGGCCUUAACUGGAUCAAGUAAAGCAGCGCCAAAUUUUAAAGCUAAUCCGCUUGCUGGUUCAACUGCUCUGCAUGCAGCAUGCUAUUAUGGAUAUUUAGAUAUUGUUAAGUAUCUAGUAGAACAUGGAGCUGAUUAUUAUUUAAAAAAUCAUGCAGGAGAAACUGCAAUUAGUAAUGCGUUGCAGGAACCAUCGAUUAAACAAUACUUUGAGAAAUAUUUAAUUCUUGGUUAUUUCAAAGAAACAGGUCCUUUACCAGUAGCACCAAUUAUUGAAGGUGGUCAAAAGUGUAUCGAUGAUUGUCUAUGGGAAUAUAAACCGUUUCAAGAUUCUAAAUGGUAUUCAUUCUCUGCAAAUGAAGCAAAAUUAUUAUCUAAAUCUCUCAGAAUAUCUCCUAAUGAAGAAUUCCAUUUAGAGUUUCAUUUAAAGGUAGAAAAAGGCAUCUAUGGUGUUUCUACUGUCAAGUUCUUACGUUCUGGAAAAGAUCUUAAUUUUGAUCAAAAUUUGGCUUGGAUAAGAUGUCGUGGCUCAUCGAUUUUAAACUUUGAUUGUUAUUCUUUAUGGCAAAUAAUGAUAGAUAGCGAUAAAUCUUCAUCAUCAAUGCAACCACUUGACUUUCCAUCAUUGUCGAAUCAAAAUUUUGCAUUAAAAGAAAAUACUUGGUAUAAUUGUCCCGAAAAGGUAAAUUCGCAAAUAAAUAAAGCAAUCAAUUAUCGACAAAAAUAUCUUACCUUAAACUUUCCAUUCAUUAGUAAUCAACUGGAAGUUAACUUGCAAGCAUUUACAUUUACAUUCACCAAAAAUAGAAAAACUAUUUCAGGUUUUCUACGAUGGAUACCAAAAAUUGUAUCAAUUAAUGAACAUGCUACUGAUAAGAUUACUUAUCUCGAUAAUUUUAAGCCAAUGAUUGGUUCAAAGCCGAUAUUAUUUACAUCAAAACAUCAAAGAAAAUUAAUGACCAUAGAUGAUAGUAGUUUGGAAAAUCUUGAAGAACACGAAAUGAUCGAUGAUGUUGAUGAUGAAAGCACUUAUUCUAACAAUUAUGAUGCAUUCAACGAGGGUGAAAAUGCACAUAAUUUGAAGUUUACUGGUGAAGCCACGAAUUUUGCUAGCCAUCCAAUUGAUGAAAUUUUUAAUACAACUAGUAGUAGUGAAAGUAUGAGUUCGAUCAAUAUUGAUGAUUCAACUAAAAGCUUGUCAACGUCUUCUCCGAUUGAAAUUCGAACGAGAGAUGUUUUCAAUAGAUCAAGUACAGCUGACAGCAGAGUUGCUUCGUCAAGUGUUUCAUCAGUAGAGGAUUCAACUCAUUCAAAGUUUCUAGAAGCAAGCAGUACAAUCGAAAAGUUACAAGGCGAAAAAGAAUUACUCGAAGAUGAAAUUCAAAAGUAUAUGAAGUUAAAUAAAGUAAAAACUGAACAGUACGCUAAAGAACUUUCCGAACUGCAAGCACAAAUGAAACAAAUAGAACAGAAACGAAAAACAAUGGAAGAAGAACAACAUCGUUUGAAAAAAGAGCAAGAGCGUUUACAAAAAGAAAAAGAUCGAAUAAAAAAAAUAAAAGAGGAAAUAAAAACUGUCGAUUAUAAAAAUGUUCAAUCAGAAAUAGUCGAUAAUUGUUUAUCACCGUGCCAUAAUUUACUCAUGAAAACUCUUAAAAAAAUAUCAACAAUACAAGAUUCACAACUAAUAGAUAAUCAACUUCAAUUAAUGUUCGAAAAACGUGAAAUGGUCUAUACAAUAACUGUUACAGGUUUUCCAAAUCAUCACAAUCAGUUUAUGGCAAUAUUACAGAGAACCAAAUCUGCAACAACUGGAAUACAGUCAGCUAAAAGUUAUUAUCAACGAGUUUUAAAACGAAUGAUGCAAUCACUGAUGACGACGUUUUCAAAAGUUAAAUCAAAAUUAAAUUAUUGGUUUUUAUUUAAAAAUAUAUUUUUAAAUAAUAUACAAGAAAAAUCGAAAGACUACGUAACCAUGUUUAGUACAUUUAUAGAUCAGAAGCUGAGAACAUUGGGUGAACAAUGCAUAUCAGGUGCAAUAACACAACCAUGGAUAGAAAUACGUAAAUUCACUAAUCAAUUUAUCGACGAUAAUUCAUUUUUGAGUCAAGUUGAAAGAGCAAAACAUCAAACAUUAGAGCAAUUUAUUAGAGAAAAUAUUUCACUUCAAAAAACUAGAACUAAUAAAAAGCCAACAGAAAAAUCGAUAAAAACAGUUCAAAGUUUGCUUAGAAAGAUGACUCAAAUAUUUCAAACAAAGCCAGAAUAUAGAGGCCAUGAACUGGAGCAACUCCAAUUAAUACCCGAUUUAUUACAACAAAUUAUGAUUUAUUAUUGUUGCUUUACAUUGCAAUUGCCUUUAUUUGAAUUAGCUGAAGAUUUACUAGGUAAAAUCGAAAAAAAUACAAUAACAACUAUUACUACAACAACUGGAUCAGGAAAGUCUACACUGCUUCCAGCUCUUCUUAUUGCUGAAGGUUAUGAUAGAGUGAUUGUAACUCAACCACGUCGUCUACCAUGUCAAUUGAUAUCUAAUCGUGUUAAUGAAACGAUGAAAGCGGAUACACACAUUAAACAAGAACAAGUAGCUGGCUGGAUUGUUGGUGGCGUAAAAGAGAACCCAAAAGCUAAAAUUUUAUAUAUGACCGAUGGUUUCCUUCGAGAACGCUUACUUUAUGAUGAUACUAUUGUGCCAGUAAAUCGUUCAGUUAACAAAUCGAUUGUUAUUUUCAUUGACGAAACCCAUGAAAGGUCGAUUAGUAUUGAUCUAUGUCUAGCGUUCUUGGCUCGAUUGUUAACGAAUUAUCCACAAUUAAAAUCUAAACUAAAACUAAUUAUAUCGUCAGCAACAUUGGAUACAUCUGUACCUAAUCUGUUUCGAAAUAUUCCUCAAAUGAAUCUUCAUGAAUUUUCUGUGCCACAAUUUAGUACAAAUCACACUGUAACAAAAUAUUCGCGUCCAAAUGCGAAUAUUCUCGACAUAAUUCAAGAAUUAUAUAAGAAAUGUAAACUGAAUGAUCAAAUCCUUUGUUUUGUUAAUUCAGCUUUAGAAGCUGUAGAAAAUUGUAAAUUAUUAUCAGAGAUAAGUGGAAACACAAUAAAUGCUCGUCCAUUAAUUCAAUCUCAAUCAACAGCUGUUCAACAAGAAAAUAUUGCACAAGCAAGUGUACUUUUUUCAACAACCAUUGCUGAAACGUCAUUAACAUUUCCAUCAUUAAAAUAUGUCGUAGAUACAGGCUAUAUUAAUUUGCCUAUCUAUAAUCCUGAAUUACAACGAACAGUAUUAACAACAAUACGAGCAGCUCAUUCCACUAUCAAACAACGUUUAGGUCGAGUAGGAAGAACACAACCUGGUGAAUAUUAUGCUUUGUACAAUUAUGAUCCUGAGGAACUACCGUAUCCAAUAGCACAAAUAUGUCAAUCGGAUUUAACGAAUAUUGAAUUUUCAUUACGACGAUCACCAUUAAAAUGUGGACUUCAUGUUAUUCAGAAAUUUUUACCUAAUAAACCAGUACCACAAUAUAUCGAUAGUGCUGUUAGCGCCUUAAGCGAUUUAAGUAAGUUGAGAGAAAUAGGUUAUCUAUAA